ACAUCAAAACUUUUUCAACAGGUUAUGACAUGUCUACCUUUGUACGCAGAUAUGCUAAGUAUUUAAAUGUUAAAGCUUCUACAUACAAUGUAAUGGGUGCUGACUUUUGCGAACUGAAAAGAGGGAAAGAAGGUGUGCUAAGAAAUAUGACAACAGAAUCUCUCGUAAAAACACUUCCUGUGCUUCAUGAGCAGUUAGAUGCCUUGCUUGAUUUUGAUGUAAGUAACUUAAUUUUUAUGUAUUUCGUAACCUUUCUUUGUCUGAUAAUUGUCAAGUGCAUUAAUUUUUAUUUUUCAAAAAGGCAUGAAUUUUUCCAUUUCUAAUCAAUGUGUAUGCUAUUUUCAUUUAACAGUUACAGUGGCAACUGUGAACCUGAAAGGGGUAAAUUUUUUCUGGAAAAUCUAAAUCUGCAACAACAAAAAUGUUUUUUUUUUAUUUAAAAUAUUGAAGUUACCUUUCCCUCCUGGGAGAUCAAGUUGAGUUUCAUUGAAUGCA